CGUCCAUUAACUCACCGUGUUAUAAUUUAUGUAAAUAUGUUGUCCGUAUACUUAAAAAUCUAACAAAAUCCUCAAAAUAUAAUGUAAAGGACGCCAUGGAAUUCAGAGAAAAGAUUGGAAGUACGUAUAUUUAUGACGAUGAAAGUUUAGUGUCAUUUGAUGUUGUUUCGUUGUUUCCGAGUAUACCCGUAGAUUUUGCCAUAGAGAUCAUAGACUCAAAAUGGAGUUCUAUACAGGAGCACACACCGUUAACUAAGGAUCUAUUUUUAACCAUACUCAAAUUUUGUAUAAAAGAAAAUCGCUAUUUUAGGUAUAAUGACAAGAUUUAUGAGCAAAGGUCGGGAAUGCCUAUGGGUUCACCAGCAUCACCCGUAAUAGCAGACUUAGUUAUGGAGGAACUAUUGACGAAUUUCGAGAAAGACUCUGACAAUAAACAACGAUUAUUAACUAAAUAUGUAGAUGACUUAUUUGCAAUUAUCAAAACAGAAACUAUGGACAAGAUGCUUAACACUCUAAACAACUAUAAUAAAACAAUAAAAUGUACAAUCGAAAUAGAAAAAGAUGGACAAUUGCCUUAUCUGGACACCCUAAUAAUUAGAAAGAACAAUAGAAUAACAUUCGACUGGUAUAAAAAACUGAUAGCAUCAGGGAGGCUCAUAAAUUUCCACUCCAAACAUGAGAAGAAAGCAAUUCUAAAUACGGCUAGCAAUUUUAUAAGAAGAGUUCUCUCUAUAAGUGACCAAAUUUAUCACACGAAGAAUAUUACCAUAAUUAAAGAAAUCCUAGGACGAAACGAAUUUCCUCGGGGUAUGAUUAAUAAGCUCAUACGUAACUACUACGUAAGGCAGUCAGCACGCGAGGCGUAUGGCUUUAACGCGUAUUAGAUGCUACAUACGAAAGUUGUACGCUUUGAUGCCGAACACAAGUAUUUAAAUGGAGAGCUGCACACGAGUCGUCAGCUUCACGAAUUCGUCAAAACGAGCUAGCUGCAAAUCGCUUGGCGUACAGCAGUGUUGGUAGCUAGGCGUACGUACGCUUAGAAAAGAGGAAGAAGAAGAAGUUUUUUUAGAAUUUUGCAAGCAUUUUAUGAAAACGUUGUAAAAAUGACGGACGAAACGAUAAAAUUCGUGCAAUUAAUAGAAAAAUAUCCCCUCAUUUAUAAUAAUACGCUGAAGGAAUACUCUCGAAAGGAUUUAACGGAAAAAGCUUGGUCAGAGAUUGCUGAAGUGAUGAAAUGGUCAGGGGCAGAAUGUAAGGAGAAAUGGAAGAAUAUACGAAAUGGAUUUGUCCGGAGUUUAAAACCGUCUCCCAGUGGUUCUUCGGCAAAAGCUAAGAAGCCCUACUAUUUGCGAGACAUAUUGGAGUUUGUUUUGCCGUAUGUUCGACCAGUCCAGCAUUCGGAACACACCGCAAACUUCGAAAUAAAGGAAUCUGAUGUGCACCACUACGAGGAAGUAGAAACAACUGAAGAUGUUGACCACGGCGAUAUUAAUGUAGUGGCUGAAAAACGCAAUCAUGCCUUUGCCACUCCUUUAUGUGUGGAAAACAACAAAAAAAGGAAGAGACUUGGAGAAGCAAAGGAUGAUGUUGACAUGGCAGUUAUGAAUUAUUUAAAGGAAAAAACAGAAAAUAAAGCAGAUCCCCGUAAGAUGUGUUUGUUGAGCUUACAGGAGGACAUUUCGAAUCUUUCCGAUGUACGAUUCAGGCAGUUCAAAAUACGGACUUUACUCUUGCUAGAGGAAUUGUUAAGUGAACAAGACCAAGAGACUGGAAACCAGCAGUUUAUUCAAACGCCUGUAUCUAACCACUCAAGCUUUCAAGUCAACACGCCGGCUCCAUCGCCGAUUGAUCCACCAACUGUUUUUUACAGUACAAGUGACAGUGCCAACAGUGACUCAGACGUGUUCAGCCAACAAUUUUUUAUCAACAAUGAAUAAUUUUGAACACGCACGUUAUAUGUUAUGUGUUAUGUGUUAUAUGUAAAUACACUGCCGGAACAAAGUAUUGGCACAGCAAAUUUUUGGCAAUAUAUACAACAAUUUUCA